AUGAGCACGCAGUACGCAGCAUUUACCCCCCCAUAUCAACUCCGAACGCAGCGUUCAUGGGCAGUUCGCCUCAAUCUCUUCCCUUUGACGGUUCGCUCUCAACUGUUUCUGUAGAAUCCAUGGUUGAAAUCAAGCACGACUCUCCGGAUUCCGAAGACGCCCGGCGCUCACCUUUGUUGAAUAGUCAAGAUGAAAGCAAAUACCGACUCAUCUACAGCAAGUCAAAGGUCUAUGUGAAUCCAACUGCUUAUGCCAGAGAUAAUAUACCCGGAUUUGUGGUACUCGUGAAGCGAGAGAGCAUAAACCCGAGCUAUUUGUUGGCAUGGAUUCCGGAGACCUUGCUGGAUGAGAAAGGGCAGAGUGAAUGGGACAAGUUCACGAAAGUAGAAGAGUGUUCAGCUGUAGAUGAUGAGGAUGACGAAGAUGCAGUGCUAAUCGAGCUUCCUGUGCAACGCCCGGAAUCUUAUGCAUUCUCGGUCCCGCUAACUUCGAUCUAUUCGCUCAUCGUGCAGCCGCCCUCGUUGUCUCAAUGGUAUGGCUCUAUUGCUAUCAACCUCAUCAGCGGCUCCACUCUCCCGACACUCUACUUUCAUGACGAUGAGUCCCGUUCGUUCACAACGUCAUCUAGAUCUCCGACCGAUGCCAGACCUCCUGCUUCGUAUCCCCCUCCUCCAUCCGAUGCUGCUCCUCCUAAUAAAGGAAGCGUGUCAUGGGGUGGGGAAGAUCUACUUGCUCGCCUCCGCUUCUAUGCUUACAUCAUGCGGUCUUCUCUGCAAUCCACCCUUUAUCUCGUGGACCCUUCGCGAGAAGACAUUGAGACACAUUCUACACAGCUCUUCUCGGAUACCGCUGUGGACGACAUACUUGCUCAGUCUUCCUAUGCCAAUUCGUAUUCUCCUAUCCCCGCGCAUCGACGGCCUCGGCCCCUUUCCUCACCGUCAAACCCUUAUUCCACUCGUGCAUCUGUCCUCCAUCGCUCACUCCCCUCAACAUAUUCGUCGAAUGCGGCCCCUUCUCAGGCGAGGAUGGCUCUCUUACAAUCAUUUUCGCAUAUUACCCGCCAUGCUACCCAUGCUGCUCAGCAAAUUCUCUCACAUCCCCUCGCAAAGCCCAUUGUUCCUCACCUACCCGAUCCGGUGAAGAGCCUGGUCAAUGCAAACGGCGAGUGGGAGUGGGGUAGUUGGGUAGAGAAAGGUGGCGUUGGUGAGUUCGAGAGCGCACGAGUGUACCUUGCGCGAUGGGCGCGCAUUGUCGCGGAAGAAGGAGAACGGGCGCGUAUAAGGGAGGCGCAAGCCUUGCCUUCAUCUGAACUUGCCGAAGAGACAUCCUCAUUAGGCGUGUUUGAACUACUUCAAUCCACAUCGAAUCUACCCACUCCCAAGUCCUCGCGAGAUCCCAAGCACCCCGUGGAUGAAAAAGCAUGGAAGAGCUGGUUUGCUUCGGAUGGCCGGCCGACAGUUAGGAACGAGGAAAUGAGGCGCGAGAUCUUCCGAAGAGGAAUCAGCUCUUCUGGCGCUCUAAGGAAGCGCGUCUGGCCCUUGCUGCUUGGAAUUCACAAAUGGGACUCUACUGAUGCUGAGCGGGCACAAGAGUGGGAGAAGAAACGGCAACAAUAUCGUUCUGUGAAGGACGAGUGGUGCGGUGUGCCGGAGAUUUUUGACCGGCCUGAUGUCGUAGAGGAACGGCAUCGUAUAGAUGUGGACUGCCGCCGGACGGACCGGUCGCAUCCCCUGUUUGCUAAUAUACCCAGCUCUACGCCUUCUGGCUUGAACGGUGAGGACGAAAAGACGAUGAUGCACAUGCGCUACUCGACGAUCUCGCCGCAACUAUGCGACAUCGGUGCACAGGCGCCUACGAACGAACAUAUCGAGCGACUGGCCACAAUUUUGCUCACAUACAAUUUCUAUGAGAAGGAUCUCGGCUACGUUCAAGGCAUGUCCGAUCUUUGCGCGCCUAUCUAUGUCAUCAUGGAAGGCGACGAGGAGCUCACCUUCUGGUGCUUUGUUCAAGUCAUGAACUGCAUGAAACAGAACUUCUUGCGAGAUCAAAGUGGAAUGAGGAAGCAACUAUCUACAUUGCAGCAAUUGAUUCGGGUCAUGGAUCCGGAGCUUUAUCGUCAUCUAGAAAAGACUGAUUCGUUGAACCUUUUCUUCUGCUUUCGCUGGAUUCUGAUUCACUUCAAACGCGAGUUCCCCUUCGAGGACGUCCUUCGCCUGUGGGAGGUCCUGUGGACAGACUAUUACAGUAACGACUUUGUUCUCUUCGUAGCACUCGCCAUCCUGGAGUCUCACAGAGAUGUCAUCCUUCGUUACCUGGUUGAGUUCGAUGAAAUCCUCAAGUAUUGCAAUGAACUCAGUAUGACCAUUGAGCUGGACUCCACUCUUGCCCAAGCGGAGGUCCUCUUCCUCUCAUUUGCUCAGAUGGUUGCGGAUAUGGAUCGACGCGCAGCGGAAGCAAGCAAGACCACUUCGGGUAGUGUCCGACGCCGGAAAAAUGCUAGAGACCUCUCUACUGAGGCCGCGGAAGCCAAGGCAAUCUCAACGCGGCCAACUUUGAGCGAGGAUCUUAGGAGCUUGCUCAUAGCAGGACGAUAGAGCAAAUUCUCACGGACAUUGUAGCAUCUCGAUUGUACCAUAUCCUUGCAUUCAUCUGACCCAUCAUGUUGUUGUACCUUAGGAGCAUCAAUCGAUACAUGCUUAGUCGUGCA